UCAGUGAGCGGAGGAUGGAGACAGAGGAGUUGGUGACACUGAGACAAGAGGGAGAGAAGCAGCCGGCCGUGGGGAGUCAAUGACGAGGAUGGAAUAAUAGGCAUCUUUCUGCAGACCCCUUUUUGAAUAACACUUGUGCCUUCAGAUAUUGCUACUGUAAAGGUUUUGGAUAUUUGAUUUUCUUUCUUUUUUUUUAAUGCACAUUUCUCUGGAUGUGUGGCAUGUGAAAUUAUACAAGAGGUGAUGGAGGCUUGAGAAUGCAGCAACACUGAAAGACGGCUCUAUGCUACAGAACGCUCCUCUGUAAAAGCACAGUUUAGCUGAACAUUAGCAUUUGAAUCCUGGAUUAUUUUUUUUUUGUCCAUUUGACCGUUCUUUGUGUUUUUACUGUGAAGGAAUUUUAAUAGUACAGACAAGAUAAGAUAAUAACUGAAUAUCAGUGAACGAGGAGGGGAAGAAAAUAGUGUCCAUUCAGUAGGCUGGGACUCGGUUUUGCAUUUGUCUUGCCUCGGGAUACGAAUGUAGGAGGUGUCAGUUUUGGAAAGUAAAUACCACAGGGGUGUUGUGAAAGAACACGGAGCAGUAUAUAGUCUUUCUGACCGUGAAUACAAGGGUCAUUUGGAGAUCAGAGAAAACAGUGGCGCUAACCAGCCGUUUUCUCAACCACUCACAGCUGCUAGGGAAUUCGUAUUUAAACACUUAAGAAAAAAAUCAAACACAAAUUGUUCUGAAUACACAUUGAAAGACGUAAAGAGACCAUUAACUUCGUUUCAAAACUACUAGUCUGUGGAAAUGUACGAGUCCGAAUAAGAUAAAUCACGAAUGCUGAUAUACUUCUAAAAAUAUAUUAGGUUUUAUUUUUCAGUGUAAUGAAAGAAAUAGGUCUGGGUCUCUCUUGAAAGCUGCCCGUCUGAUUACAGCGCAGAGCUUGGUUUAACAGCAAUGUCCUGCUGAAGCCAACUGAAUCUCGACAUCGCCGCCCUCAUCAAAGAUCAACAGCGGCUCAAUAAAAAAAUACUUAAAACAGGAAAAUCUUUCCCACAGCGAAGCUACACGGACGUGUCACCGCCUUGUCAAGCAAACAUGGGGGAGCAACCCAUCUACAGCACACGAGCUCACGUCUUCCAAAUCGACCCCAGUACCAAGAAGAACUGGGUCCCGACCAGCAAGCACGCAGUGACCGUGUCCUACUUCUACGACAGCACAAGGAACGUCUACAGGAUCAUCAGCCUGGACGGGGCAAAGGCAAUAAUAAACAGCACCAUCACUCCGAACAUGACUUUCACAAAGACGUCCCAGAAGUUUGGCCAGUGGGCAGACAGCAGAGCUAACACUGUCUACGGACUGGGAUUUUCAUCAGAACAUCAUCUUGUGAAGUUUUCAGAAAAGUUUUCGGAGUUUAAGGAAGCUGCCAGGUUAGCGAAGGAGAAGUCUCAAGAGAAGAUGGAGCUGACCAGCACUCCCUCUCAGGAGUCUGCCCCAGGGGAUAUUCAGUCACCUCUGACCCCCGAGAGCAUCAAUGGGACAGAUGAUGAGAGGGCCACUCCAGACUUGACCCAGAACUCGGAACUGAGAGCCGAACCUACCCAGAAUGCACUAUCCUUCAUGCACAGGAACAUCAAUGGAGCUGUACCCACCAUACUGACACACAUGCACCUUGUCUCACCAAACCAAGAGGGCAGCAGCUCUGCAAUCAAUAAGCACUGGGAGGCGGAGCUGGCGGCUCUCAAAGGAAACAACGCCAAGCUCACAGCGGCGCUCCUCGAGUCCACAGGCAACGUGAAGCAGUGGAAACAGCAGCUCGCCGCCUACCAGGACGAGGCCGAGAGGCUACAUAAAAGGGUGACUGAGCUGGAGUGUGUGAGCGCUCAAGCAAACGCAAUCAAAUCCCACAAGACAGAGUUAAACCAAACAAUAGAAGAACUGGAGGCGACAUUAAAAGCAAAGGAAGAGGAAAUCGAGAGGUUGAAAGAGGAAAUGGAACAUGCCCGACAGCUGCAGACUCAGAGAGACACUCUCACACAGAAGCUUCAGGAAACAGAAACGAGGAACGCAGACCUGGAGGGGCAGCUGACAGAGCUGGGGCGGCGGCUGGAGAGCAGCCAGACGGAGCAGGAGAGCUUCCGCAACAAUUUAAAAACUCUGCUCGAGAUCCUAGACGGCAAAAUCUUUGAACUGACCGAGCUGCGGGAUAGCCUGGCCAAGCUGACAGAAUGCAGCUAAAGCGUGGCGGUUCUUCAGUGUGACCGCCUCUACAAUGUGAACGCCAUGCUGGAGCCCACAGGAGUUCUUCCUUCUUUCCUUCCUUCCUUCUUCAUCCACCUGGAAGAUAGAAAGUAUUAUUUGAAGUAUAAAAUACGACAAUAAUGAUGAUGCUGACUUCUAUACCCGGUAGAUCAGAUGGUUUUGCAGCUUUCUCUGCAGUUCAACAGCUGGAAAAGCUACAAUGAAUUGAGAGCCCUUUCUUGUCUUCAGAGGACCGUAGCUACUGCAAAGAACAGAUACCAGCAGGGUCAGCAGUGAAGCUACUGACCUAUCAACAGCAGAGGUCUAAAGUCUCAACUUUAGUUUAACUUGUUCAAUUCAAACAAGGGAGUCCUGUAAAAUUAAAAACACAGGUUUUAUUUUGAAAUACAGUGACAAUAUUCUA